AGUGAGAGAAAGUAAUGGCGGAAGUGUAGUUAUUAUGAUGAUAUAUUUCGACUACUUUGGUAGAAAUGAUGCUUAGAACACAUCUUUUCGAUUAAAUUGUGAGUUUUCUGAGCAUUUAUAAUUUUGUUGAUAAUUUGUUGAGUUAAUUUUUUAUAAGUUAGACUAAAUUAGUCACUUAUCUCGUUCCCGUUUCUUCUUUAUUUUCUCCUCGAGCUACUUACUUAUGACAUUUUCAUUUGUUAGGCAUAAUCAUAAUCAUUAUUCAGCCUAUUCGCCUAUUCAAUAAUAUAUUCAGAUUCAUCAACUAAAUACGGUAAUAAAAAAAUAUAAUAAUAAUAUUGGAUAAUUGUGUGGAAUUGUAUUCAGUACUACUACUAGUAUUUAUUUGAUGAUCCACCCGGGGUGAUGUUUUUGCUUGACUGGCCUUUGGCUGGACUUGAACACCAGACCACCAACUUGAGGUUUGCUCAGUUUAGACCAUCUAAGAGAAGGAAACUCUGAAUUCAAACCCGGAGUUGGAGUCCCGUAAGGUGCAAUUAAUGACAAUUCCUGCAACCGAACCCAUGCCUGGUCGUCUUGACGUAGAGUCUUGCCACUGGAUAUCGUGGGCUCGGACGAGAGAGUGAGGUAGACGCCUGCGCAACUCUUCUUCACUUUAAACAAAGUCACCCGCGCAAGUCAUCAGUCACCAGACGACUCGAUGGUCCUCGUCGAUCCUCGACGGACGAACAAUAAAUAUUUAUUUGAUGAUAUUUUUGACAUAUUAUUUUGGCAUUAAGUUUAAGGUCUUCAAAUUUAGUAAUUUACCUCAGUUUAAGUUGAAAUUUACAGACGUCUGAGUAUACAAUAGUAUACAUACUUACACUUACAUACUUUACUAAUUUACUGACCACUCACUGAAAAAUGACAAUGGGGAAUGGACCAUUGACAGUCCAUUGAGGACAAGCUAAUUUACUAAGUCUGUAUUAUUAUAAAUUAUGAGUUACGCACUGCUAUCCAUAGGGAGAAAUUAAUCUCCUAUUUACAUGUAUGGCUCGUUCCGAAACAGUGCAUAACAAGACAAUACCAAAUGUUAAAAACAAUAACAGAGAAUACGACACUCAAAACAGUGUCAACUGCAAUUAAUAAGUUUUAUUAAUUUGCUAUUUAAUAAAAUAAAAAUAAAGAUGUACAAUUAAAAUCACCAACUUACAAAAAAUUGUAUGGAUGGUUCCAGGACAAUGUCAAAAUAAAACACAGUGUGCAGAAAUGUACAAUGUACAAAUAAUGAAAAUAUGUCUACUGUAAACAAACUAUCACACAUUACAAAAUAACCCUCACACGCUGCUGUCUGCGUAUCUGUUCUGCAGUCUGCUGUGUCAUUCAACCACUCACCUUAUAUAUAGACCAUCGUCUGUUUCAUGGAAUUUUCUAGGCCUAUUGUGCAUUUUUUAUUAGUGACUGAACAUUCUACAAUUUACUACUAUUUUUUACCACAUUCAAGUCAAGACAAACAGGCGUUAAUUAUUUUUAGUUGGUAGUGAUAGUAAACAAGGCCAAGAUCAAAGGGAAUAAGCCACGCCCAAUACUAACUCAGCCAAAUUGGGUCAGGCAGAGUUCACGGCAAGGGGAAAUGUGACAUAAACACAUCUGCUACAUAACAAUACUAUGAAAAAAGUAUGAAUAUGACUAUGAAUUAUAGCUGGUUCUAUAUUACUAAUAUUACUCUAUAUCAAUAUCAAUAUGAUAUAUCAAAUUUAAUCAUCAGUACCCAGUAUCAGAUAUAUCAAAUCCAAAGAUUGAUCAUUUAAAAAUUUAUUUAUGAAGAUGAUCUCAUUCACUCCAUUUAUUUUAUUUAUUAACAUUUUCCACAUUUACUGAAACUGAAUCAAUGAAUAAAAUAAAAAGUGAAUUACUCAGUACUGACCUGAUCUAAACAUAUUUUAACCAAAUUGAUUUUUACUCAUUUAUUAAAUUAGGCUCUUAAAAACUAUAAUUCAUUUAGUAUUUAGUUUAGUCAUUAAUUAAGGAGCCUAAUAAUAAGUAAAAAUCAAAAGGGUCAAAAUAUUUUUAGGUCAGAAGCCAUUACACAUUCUCAAUGCAUUAUACAACACGAACUACAAGGGAUUUACAUAUUAUGAUGACGAUUAUUUAUUAUGUAUGAUUAUAUUUAAGGGAAACUUAAUGAAAUCCUGAAAAGAAAAAUGGGAAAAAAGAAUUAAAAAUGAAAUGAGUGUUUUAGUAUAAAAAUGUCUUAACUAAUAUUAAUAAUAAAUAAUAGAAUUUUAGUAGGCCUCUAUUUAAAUGUUAUUUAAUUAGAGGCCUAUUAUUACUAUUUAUUAUUUGGCUAAACUAUUAGUAUUAUUGACCGUUACAUUAAAAGCCUAUUUCUGUCAUUAGUAUUAUUAAUAGGCUGGUUGAUUUUUAAAAUAUUUCUACUUUUUUAUGUUGAGCAUUAAUUUGCUGAGUAGUAGGAGGCCAACUGUUAGAAUUAGUUAAGGGCUAUUCCCGGCAUGCCGUCACCCCACCUCUUAAAAAAACGCUUUCGCGUCAAAUCCCUUAGAAAACCUUGACUUUCAUAUUGAUAUUGAAGUCCUGUUUAUUUUUUAAAUAGCUAUUGUCUUUUUAACAUGGAAAGACUACUGGAGCAUUAUUUAAGUUCCUAAGCAGCGUGUUAGUGAGUAAAAACUUAUUAUUUGAUCAAACUUGCCAGAUAGCUUUAGAGAUGCUGUGUGUAAAAGAACAAAAUGGCCUAUUCAUAUUUUUUACAUAGGCUGAUGAGAAAUCCAUCUAUUUAUAAUCCAUUACACAGAAAAAGGCAAUUAAUGGACGGCAACAAAAAACAUUCAAAAAUUGGAUCACAAUUUUUCUAUAUUUGCAGGGUAUCAAAGGACAUUAUUAUUCAUUAAUUAGGCCUAUGCAAUUUUCAUACCCAUGUAGGCCUAUUAAAAUUAAAGUUAAGCUAUAGGCCUAUUUAAUAAUGUAUAGGCUUAGGCAAUCCCACUGAACUAUGAACAAUAUCAGGAUUUCCAAAUUUAACUCAAAAUUUAAUAUUAUUAACAAUGAUCCUAAUUGCUUAAGAUCUAAACACUACUUAGUCUACUUAUACUAAUUAUACUGUGACAAACUAUCUGUAUGAAUGCACAAGUAUUACAAUUCAAUUGUUUUAUUUAUUAUGUAUGUGCUGUAAAGGGAUGGAAACAUUCUGUAGCAGCAUUUCGGCUUAGACUUUCAUUCUAUAUAAUAUUGAGAAUUGGUUCAGUCCUUAAAAUAAAGGGAAUGUCAUUACGAUUUGGAAACAUAUUGAAAAUAAUUUACCUUAAGGAUUUUUAAAGGCUUGGUACAAUUGUAUAAUAAGUGGUCAUUUAUUUUCAUUAAAAAAAUGUUCAGGUUCCUUUUCAAGCUGAUUCUAAGCAUGCCAAGCCUAACUUCCUUACCCUUGAGCCUCUCUGAAAUAUUAGAGGCUCAAGGAGGACCUUUGCGAGAGCUUGAAAUCUGGGCUCUCCUCUGCCAGUGUGCAGAAGCUCUUCAAGAUCUUAUAAUAAAAGGUGAGUCAUUUUUUAAAAUGUUUCUUAAAUUUUUAUUUGGCAUUAUAGAACCAGUGAUUUUCUCUUCCACUUGUUAAAAAUAACUGAAUGAAAUAUAAAGACUGAGAAAAUUUUACAAUUAAAGAAAAUAUAAAAAAAACCAAAACAAGAGCUUAUAUUAAUGCUAGCUCUUGAAGCCAACAAUUAGUAUUUAUGUCAAUAUUUUGCAUAGUCCAGAAAUAGCAUCAUAACUCUUCAGUGCUUUCUAAAAUUCCACUUAAGUUAUCUUCACUUAUUUUUUUUUAAGGACUGCAUUGUGAACAAUCUCAAUUGGAUAUUAAUUUAUUGAAUAAUGUUACUGUUUUUAGAUGUUUAGUUACAAACACUGGAUUAAAUAAGUAGAUAUAUUUUUAACUUGUAGUGCUGAAGUGGAGUCCAGGAGGUCCUCAUUUUACUGAAGGGGGGGGUUCUGUUUUUCAAUGGCGAUGAAUUUGAAAUUGGCAGUAAUUCCCUACCAACACAUAAACUACAUGUAUAUAAGUACAGUUAAUUUACAUAUGUACAUGUAAAUAUUUGUGUACCGGUAUAGUAAAAUACAUAUUUAUGCAUGUGCAUACAUGAAAUUUAAGCUAUUAAAAAAUAUUUAAGAUACUAAAACAUAAAAAUAACUACAACCAAGUGCACACAGGAUGUCCGCUGGUCUCUCUCCUCUUUCACUUUGUCUGUUGUUGUUGAGCCUUCUCGUCCAUGAGGGGCAUCCACCGAUCAUCGUCGGCGUCUGCGGUUCCUCCAAGGGCAUAGGCCACCUAUGAGAGACCUCCAGGCAUCUCUAUCCUGGGCCAGUUUCUCCAGGAUCUUCCAUUCAUGGCCAAUUUUCUUGAUGUCUGUCUCCAAUUCUCGGCGCCAAAUGUUUCUUGGACGGCCUCUUUUCCGCUUACCCUGUGGGUUCCAUUUCAGGGCUUGCUUUGUUGUGUUAGAAGCAGGUUUUCUUAGUGUAUGACCAAUCCACCUCCACCGCUUCUGGAGAAUCUCUUCCUCAAUGGGCUUCUGUUUUGUCCGCUGCCACAGUUCCUGGUUGCUGAUUUUGUCUGGCCAGUGAAUUCUGAGAAUCCUUCUUAGACAGUUGUUGAUGAAGGACUGGAUUCUGGUCAGGUUUACGGCCGUUGUUCUCCAUGUCUCGGCUCCAUAUAGCAGCACAGGUUUUACCAUAGCGUUAAAAAUCCUUACUUUUAACUUGCUGCCUAAGUUGUUAGAGACCCAAACAUUCUUGAGUUGUUGGAAGGCUGCUCUUGCUUUUCCUAUCCUUAUUUUGACGUCCGCAUCUGUACCACCUUGUUUAUCUACCAUGCUGCCAAGGUAAACAAAACUGUCCACCUCCUCAAGGGCUUCUCCUUCAAGCAUAAUGGGUGAUGUACUGGUGGCAUUAACCUUGAGGAUUUUACUCUUCCCUUUGUGAAUGUUGAGACCCAUGCUAGCAGAAGUGGCUGCGACAAUGUUUGUUUUCUCCUGCAUCUGUUGUUGGGUAUGUGCAAGAAGUGCAAGAUCAUCAGCAAAGUCAAGAUCAUCCAGUUGAUCCCACAAGGUCCAUUGGAUGCCAUUUCUUUUCUGCUGUGUAGAUGUUUUCAUCACCCAGUCAAUGGCUAACAGGAAGAGGAAUGGUGACAGCAAGCAACCUUGUCUCACACCAGUCUUCACCUGGAAAGCAUCUGUCAACUGCUGGCCAUGGAUAACUCGGCAGUUUAUCCCUUCGUACAUGUUUCUGAUUAUAUCAGUAAUCUUCUGUGGCACCCCGUAAUGCCUUAGCAAUCUCCACAGGGUUUGCCUGUCAACACUGUCGAAGGCUUUUUCAUAGUCAACAAAGUUGACAUAGAGCGGCGAGUUCCACUCUAGUGACUGCUCUAGAAUGAUGCGCAGUGUCGCUAUCUGGUCCGUGCAGGAUCUGUUGGUGCGAAAGCCGGCUUGUUCGUCCCGCAACAGAGGGUCUACAGCGUUUUUCAUCCUGUUAAGUAGUACACGGUUGAAAACCUUUCCUGGGAUGGACAGCAGGGUGAUCCCUCUGUAGUUCGAGCAGGAGCUUAAGUCUCCCUUCUUUGGGAUCUUGAUAAGGUAUCCCUCUUUCCAAUCGGAAGGAACUUGCUCCUCUUCCCAUAUCUUCAUAAACAGAGGGUGUAGCAUUUCCACACUGGUUUCCAGGUCCGCCUUCAGUGCCUCUGCUGGGAUGCCAUCAGGUCCCGCAGCCUUUCCAUUUCUGAGUUGUUUAAUGGCCCUGCUAAUCUCUUCUUUGGUGGGACUAUUACAGUCAAUUAGCAGGUCAUUAUCGGCUGGUUGGAUAUCUGGUGGAUUUCUUGGUUCAGGCCUGUUCAGGAGCUCUUCAAAGUGUUCCUUCCAUCUCCCUCUCUGUUGCUCCUCACUUGGUAUGGUGUUUCCCAUUUUGUCCUUCACUGGUCUCUCUACCUUGCUAAAUUUCCCUGACAGCGUCUUAAUGGUAUCAAACAGUUCCCUCAUGUUCCCCUGGUGAGCUGCAUCCUCUGCUUCUUUAGCAAGUUUAUCAACAAAUUCCUUCUUGUCCCUCUUGAUGCUUUUCUUAACUUCCUUAUUUGCAUCUGCAUACUCCUUCUGGGACUUGUUUUUCUGUGCUCGGGUGCGGCUGUUAUUCACUUCUGAUUUCUUUCUUUUCCUUUCUUCUAUUUUAUUCAGCGUACCUGCUGUCAUCCAUUCUUUGUGUGCCUUUUUCCUGUUUCCUAGCACUUCUUGACAUGUUGACUGGACUGUUUCUUUCAUGCUUUGCCACUUUCCUUCGGUGGUUUCAUCUUCAAGUAUUUCUUGUAGGACUUGGAACUUAUUGAAUAGUGAGAUUCUGAAUUCUUCCUUUUUGGCUUGGUCCUUCAGGAGGGAGGUAUUAUACCGAGUCCUGUAUGCUGUUUGCUCGGUAUAAUGUCUCUUUAGUUUUAAUUUCAUCCUGGCCACAAGAAGAUGAUGAUCUGAGGCAAUAUCAGCUCCCCUCUUAACACGUACGUCUUGGAGAGAUCGCCUGAAUUUUUUACAAAUACAUACAUGGUCUAUUUGGUUCAUCGUUCUCAUGUCCGGAGAGACCCAUGUAGCUUUGUGAAUCCUCUUGUGCUGGAAAAUGCUCCCCCCUAUGACCAGGUCAGCUGUGGCACAUAGGUCCGCAAACCUCUCACCAUUGUCGUUCAUCUCGCCUAUCCCUUGCUGUCCCAUAACCUCUUCGUACCCUGUGUUGGUAUUGCCGAUCUUGGCAUUAAAGUCUCCCAUGAGGAUGACGAUGUUCCUCCGUGGGCGACCCUGGACUAUGGUCAUUACUCUAUUGUAGAAUUCUUCUUUGUCUCCUUCAUCACUUUCAUUAGUUGGUGCGUAGCAUUGUAUAACAUCUAGGUUGAUGCUACGUUUCUUUGUUCGAAAGGUUGCUAAAAGGAUUCUAGGUCCAUGGGCCUCCCAUCCAAUGAGUGCUCCUUGUGCUGCCCUUGAUAGCAUCAUAGCAACACCCAGGGUAUGUGGGGCAUUGUCUUCUUCGUGUCCCGAAAAUAUCACCAUCUCUCCUGAGAUUAAUCUCUUCUGUAACACUUUGUCUGAUCAUUUCUAAUUUAAGCUCUAACAUGAUAGUAUUCUUCUUCAUUGAUCCACCAGCACCAAUAUUAGAUCAAACAUAUUUUGAACCCAUUGUUUAAUGUCCAAUUGAAACUAUAAUCACACAAACAACACUGGGCUAUAUAUCACAGAGAAGUCUGGACGCUAACUGAUGCUCAUGUGAUUAAAGUUGCUUUGGGAGCUGGGCGUUGUAUACUAUUAAAUGAGCUAGCCUACUAACUUCUAACUUUCAUGAUGACAUAGUACGAAAAAACAAGUAUAUUUAAUUAAUUAUUUUUUUUGCGCCAUAAACUUAAUUGGGUAAAAUGUGGAUAACCUGUAUAGAUUUUUUCAACUUUCCCAGAUCUUCUUUGGUGUUCAUUUCUCUCUCUCUUUUUUUUUUCAAAGUAAGGAUUUUCUGCUCUUAAACUUUUCAACAAAGGUCUUUUGAAGAUGUGUUAAAGUCAACAAUUUUUUUGUACACUAGUGCAUUUAUUUUAAUGUUGCUUAACCUUAUUUUUUCAUAUGAUGUUUCCAAUGUAUGUUACUUCUAAUUAUACAAUCACUAAAUUAGAAGUCCAUGAUGUAUUUUCUGAUAAAAGUUGUGAAAACUAAGCAUAUUUUCUUCCCUUUUCUGUGUUUUAGGAGAGCCAGUUGAAGAAGCAUUUCGACACAUGAUAACACCCAACAGUUUACUUGUUAGGGACAAUGGGACAGUUGUCCUAGCUGAAGUUAAUCAAAAUCUCCAUGGCUCUCUGUACAUGGCUCCAGAGUUUGAGCACACCACAAGACAGCUAUUAUCUGAUACUGCUUUUGAAAAGGUGAAAUAUUCUCCAAUUUACAAAUACGGUAUUUAUCAAAAAAGGAUUUGUGAAAAUUGGCAGGGUGUUGGAGUGGUCCUCAUCUAUUGACUCGUCAUGGUAAACCAAACAGCCUAGCAACUUUAAAAAGUUAUCUAAUUGAGUCUUAACUUCCUCAAGGAAGUGGUGGGGUCAGGCAAAUUAAAUAUGUACAAAUAAAAAUAAGAUGAAAUUAUUAUGUGUAGUAUUGAGAGUACUGCGUUCAGAUUGAAACAAUAUGAAAUAUAAUACCCAGAGUUGGGGAAAACGUGAACAAAACAUCAGAUGUUUCAAUUAAGAAGCCUUCAACAGCAAAAAAGAGAGAAAACAGAAGGAUAAACUUAACUAUAGUUGUGAUAAUAAACAGGAAAUUCUAGUGAAUACUUUUUACUAUUCUACUAUCAGUUAAUGUCUUUUUUGUAAGUUCAGUUUAAAAAUAGUUAAAUAUUUUCUCCUGACGUGCUCAAAUUUUUAAAUAAAUAAUGCUCUUAAAAUAAUUUUAUAUCUUCUUUUUUUUCUCUCUAGAUGUUUGUCUAUUCAUUAGGCAGAACACUUCAAGUUGCAUCUGAAUUCGGCCUUAAAGAGAAUGAGGUAUUACAUUUUUAUCAUCUAUCUUUAAAUUUUAUGAUAUAUGUUAGAUUGAGAAUUAAAACUAUUUCUUAAAUUAUUAAAAUGAGCAUUAAAGGUUUACUCUCCUGUUAAGGAAAUUUUUUUCUUAUGCUUAUAAUUAAACUUAAUUACUAGUAAACCUAAAUCACUCAAUGCAAUGCAUUGUUCUUGGUGUUCCUUAAUUCCUAUCUGCAUUUUCAUUUUUUAUAUAUUUUAUAUUUAAAAAAUCUUUCUAAAUGAAAUAUGAAAAGUAAAUAAUAAUUUAUCGCAAGUUCUGGAUUGAUAUUUGACUUCACUUUUAUGUCUCCCAAAUGUUGCAUUUAAAAAUUUUUAAAUAUUCUCUUUUAUUUAUGAAAUACAUCUGCCCUUUAUUUUCGAACAGGUCCUUAGCAUUAGCUAUGAUCUGGAUUCUCUUCUCCAAGCUAUGAGCGAGCGAAAUGGGGCCGUAAGGCUCAGCUUAAUGCACAUCUUAGAGGUUUGUUCAGCUUAAUCUUUUGUUACAAAAUAUUUGAUAAGCAGUGCUAAAAUUAAGUGGACUUAAGGUUUCUUAACCCAAAACCUAAAAUAAAUUAGUUUAGAUAUAUGUGAACAUAAAUGUUAAAAAAAAAAAUGCUAUUAAAAAAGAUUAUUAAUACUAAUACAAUUUUAUUAAAAUUUUAUGACAAAUCAUUGUUUUAGUUUAGAAUACAUUCAAGAAGGAAUGCAUGGUUAUAAUGGCUGACAAAAAUCUAAUCAUUUUGAUUUUAUGUUGAUUGGGGGGCAUGAGAAAAAUUGACCAGCAGAGAGUGGAAAUAAAGUGCAAGCAAGUGGGAUUAACAGGAAUUGUUCUCUUAAGCUGCUUGCAUCAUCUAGCUGGAUGAAAUGGGAAAUAAUUUAAAAUGACCAAUGUGGCUCAUGAGAGUUUUAAAAAGACAAUAGACCUAAAUUAUAAAAUAAACUCUUUAGCAUGUUGGUUGAUUGGUUAUCGAUAGUUUAUAAAUGUCUAAUGGAAAGUUUUUUGGCUCUUAAUUUCAGAGAGAGUGGAGAAUACAAGCAGUCUUGAUUGGGCAAAUUAUUUGAACUAACAUGUCAUUUGUGACAAAACCUACUUCUUUCAAAACCAUCUCGCUCAACUUAAAUCGUUAUUAUUUUCAGGCAUGUGCUCUCCAAGCCAGCCAGCAUCCGAACAAGCCCCCACAUUCAUACACUUUGUCCAAACUGUACAAGUCUGUGCUGAGCAGCAAUCCAAGGGUAUUUUUAUCUUAAUAUUUUAUUUAUUUUUUUAGCUUGACAAGUAAUUUGAACAUAUUGGUUAAGUAGCUAAUUUUCUCUAUGAUGAAUCAAUGGUACAAUUUUAAAUUCUAAUUAUUUUGUCAAUUUUGGACAUUUCACAGAGGUCCUCACAUGAAACAAGCACCCGCAGUUCUCUACACACAAUGACAGUUCGAUCCUGUCGAGCCAGAAAACCGCGCCCUCAUGUUCGACAUCGCCAUGACAAUCAAAGGUCAUGGUCUCGAUCCCGGUCAAGAUCCAGAUCACGCUCUCACAGCAGAGAAAGAGGUAAACAUCUACAUUCCAAGUUUAGCAAGUUAUUUACAGUUUGGUUAUUUGCUUAAUUCUUUGUGAAUGUUUAUCAAAGUCAACAAUAUUUUUAAUCCUCAAGUACAUUUAGUUUAAUUUCUAUUUUCACAUGAGGUUCUAAUGUACGUAACUUCCAAUUAUUCAAUUUACAAUCACUAAUUUUGAAAUCCUUAGUACAUUUCUAAUAAAAAUGGCAGUUACAAAUUGGCAAGUUAUAUGGGCUUUGAUCCUACAGAAAUCAACAUAAAGAAUACCCCUCUUUGUGUAAUGCAAAUGACAUAUAAAAUAAGAACAUUAUUUUAAAAGUAAAUUUAACAUGCCAUAAAUCUAAGUUUGUGGUGUUUUGGCUCACAAAUAACAGGUGAAAGGGAUUCAGGAAUUUUGACAGCCAGCUAUCAAGGAUCAACUCCACCACAGAAAUCGGUUGACCAAAGAGAGCAAUCCAUUAAUCGUGAAGCUAAAGCCAUAAAUGCACCAGCAUUGUUCAACAUUCAUCUUCUCAAUACUUCUAUGACAUCUACUGGCAGUGAAAAUUCUGAAUUUCAGCCUAGGCCAUUUCAGGUGAUCAUAUUAAUAAUAUAAAAUUAUUUUCCAAAUAUAAGUAGGUAUCUGUUAUAAGCAGUUGGGAUUUAUUCUGUAAUUCAUAUUCAAUGGAGUUUUACAAAAAAGCCUUAACAUUUUUUUGAAUGUUUUUAAUUCUCACUCUCACUGCCAAAGACAUAUGUGUCUUGUAUAUUGUAAAUACUUUAUUUUUUAAUGUAUUUCUUCUCCCAAUUAGGCCUCAGCUUAUUCUGCAGCCCACUCAGUUCAAGGUUUACUUGGAUUGAGGCAAGGAAGUCCAGCAUACCAGAAGUACAUACAAUUGAAGGAGCGACAAAUUCGUCUAAGACAAGCCAGGUUAGAUAACUACCAUUAAAAAUAAAUUUUAAGUACUUGUUAGACGAACUAUUCUUUAAUCUGCUGAAAUAUGAUAGUAAGUAAUAUUGAAGCUUUCCUCUGACUAAAUAAAUUUAGAAAAAAAAAUUAUUUUAAAAAAAAAACCUUUAAACAAUCCCUAUUAGAGUAGCAGUAGCAGAUAAAAAUUUACAGAUGUUAUAUGAUAAAACAAUUCAUGAACUCUGUAAUGGUCUUGGCUCAUACUGGUUCUAAUAGGACAUUUUUGCAUACAGUAGUUUUAACAAAGGAAGAAAAGGAUUAUAUUUUGUUUCUUUCUUUUGAACUUUCUUUCACUUACAUUAAAAGUGAUAUUUUGUAGAGUAGAGGUUUGGUGUUGUUUCUUACCUACACUGCCUUAAUAUACAUUAUCAUAAUUACAUUUAAAAAUAACAAAAUUUUCAGGACUGGAAAACAAACAUCCAUUUUGGAUGAUGUUCGUAGUCGUCUGAUGACACCCACUUUGAUGUCUUAUGAGAAUAUGACUGAAACACACUCUAUGGCUUCUCUAAUGUCCUAUACACUUGGUAAUAAAUCAGUCUAGUUAAAAAAUUAAUCUUAAGUGUAGGGGUUUUAAUACUGGUAACUUAAAUCAUAAUUUGUAAUAAAAAGAAAACUUGAAUAACAUUUGGUCAUUAUUUCUUAGUAAAAUGUAAGGGUCAUUGUUUUUUGUUUAUAACAUUGUAUAUUAAUGAAACAUAAUGUAUCAAUGAUAUAUUUGGUCUAAAUUGGACCAUAAUUUAUAAAAAUCUAUGAGUUUUUAGAAAUUUUUAAAUAAAAUCGGUUACAUUUGUUUUAAGGUUUUAAUUAAAUUUUUUUAGCCAGGGAAUGCAAUUAGUAUGUGAUCUUUAUGCCUUUGUUUACUAAACAUCUUCAAAAAUAAAUUGAUUAUUAGUCCUAAACACCCUAAUAAAAAGCCUUUCGAUUCAAAUCGGACAUUGGAAGGUGUGCGUUUCCAACCUGAUGGAUAAUUUAAGUGUUGUUACUGAUAAUUUGUGUUGUUUUUAUCUUCUGUCUUCUUUCUUUUAAAUGUUAAAAUUGUACCCCUUGGUGCAGGCACCUACAAGCCUGGACUUCAGUCUCAGCUUGGCUCUAACGCUGCCUUAAAUUACAGUAAAGAAACUGAUAGCAGUAGCCAGAUGUCACUACUUUUAAAUUCUGGGGACUAUGGUGAUACCCUGAGGUAAAAUCUGUUCAAUUAGUAAGUUUUUUUAUUUUAUUUUUUUAACCUUUUAAAAGUCAUCAAAACGUUUGAUAAGUUAUUUAAGAAAUAGUGCUGCAGUACGCCUAAACAUUUUUAGAUUAUCUAAUGUAAUUUUAAUUAAAUCAAAUGUAAAUUUGUUUGUUGAUAAAUUUGGCUUUCAAAUGUAGAGGAAUGUAAUUUUGUAAUUUGUAAUGUAGAGCUGAGGAGAUGCCGGUAGCAGUUCUGAGCUUUGAUCCUACCUGGUUAAAUCUUGAAAUGCCCACACAGCAGACAGUACAUGACGUGCAGCAGGAACAAUCAGCUCGACCAGUAUUAAAAAAGCAGCAGCAGCAAUUAUCACCAGAAGUAGCAGAAACCCAAGAACUGAAAAUAAAACCAAUGCCUUCGGUUAUAGCAAAACCAAAAGUAAAGUAUUAUCAACAAGUCAAAGUAAUAAAACCUCUUGUGUCUCAGUAUGUUCAUAUCUUAUACAUGAAAGAUUUGCAAUAAAGUUAUAGUAGUAAUAGGCAUUAUUACACUCUUAUAAUAAACAAUAACUGUUAUUUACAUAUUUCUAUUGCCUUCAUGAAAUGUAAAAUGAUAUCAUUUACUGAGGUCAAUAGUGAGAAAUUAAUAACAAAAUUUAUUGUAGUUACAAUUUAAAGUUCAGAAGCUCCUUGACCAAAAAAUUGCCAUUCACCCUUUCUUAAUAGGGAUAAGGCUUUGGCAUACACCAUUAGAUACACCAUUAUCGCUAUAAAGGUUAAAUUUUUCAAAUUUUCCCCAAUGUUUUUUUAUUUUGAAAAAAACUUUUUUAUUACUGAUAGUAUUAAAAAACUUAAUGAAUAACUGGUUUUCCAAAAAUUAGGAUUACUAUGGACCAGAAUUCAUUCACAAUGACAAAAAACCAACCACCCGAAUUGCCAUGCCACUUCAAGGAGAUGUAAGAUUUUUUAAUUGUUGGGUUAUACAUGUUUAGUUUUAUUUAGUGAUUAACUGUUUCUGCUAGCUGUAUUUUGCAUUCAUUAAAUCUAAUUUAACCCUAAAGAACAUUUUUCUGUAGUGUCAAUUUUUAAUAUUUACAUUAUCUUGUCAAAAAUACAAAAUCCUGUACUAAAUGAAUUUAGAGCUCCUUAUAAACAUACAUUUUCUGAAAGUAUGUUGGAUGAAAAUAUUUUGUUAUAUAUGUAUUUGGAUUUUGACCUUGACCUUAACAGGGUGAGUAAAAUUUUACUACUCAACUUCUGAAUUCAACCCAACCUAAUACUCCAAAAAUUGUUCACCCUAUCAUAAAAUAAAGUUUUUUAGAUUCUAGAAGUAGUUUUUUCAGAAAAUGUCACAGUACGUAUAAUGAAAAUUGCAAUAUUGGUGAUUUUUUUUUUUAUUACUACCUUCAAAUUUCUGUCACAUAAAAUACAAGGGAGGUAGGAACGAUAUAAGUUCAAAAAUUCCUUUUCAAAUGAAGUUAUUAGAGCUAUUAAUACUCUAGAACAUACAUAAACAUAAUUGUCUUUGAUCUCUUUAGGGUAAGUUUUUGGGAUUUUAUCUUUAUCCUUUCUGUUUGAUUUCCACCUUACCCCAAAGAAUUUGUCUGCAAUACGUCUGCAAUUUGUAUUGCAAACUAAUCUUUGGGGCUAAAAUUGUCAAUUCUUAUGUCGCCAUCCCCGCUAGAGCUAAUACUGUCAUUACUAGCAUGUGGAAUAUCUCUAAAACAUUAGUUUCAUUUUAAUCCAUGUGAAAUAAUUCCAAUAAAGAUAUUCAGUAUUGAUUUUGAAAUUUAGAGGGGGACACUCUCCAGCAUUCAGACAUUAUGGCUGUCAAAAACUUUGAGCAAAUUUUGCACCAGAUUAAAUCACAAAAAAGCCCUGAUAAAAGCACUUUAACACACAGAUAGUAACGUAAAUAAAAAGCAAACUCAUUUACACAGAGUGAUUUUAUCUUAACAACUAAAUCAUUUGCAUUUUUGCUAGCGACAAAUUAUUUUGGCCAUGACACCACAUAAAAAGGUUUAACGGCAGCUGAUCUGCCAUUAUGACAAUUACAGGUUAAAAGCUUGAUUUUUUUUUUUCUAUUCAGAGUGUGAAAAAUGCAGCAUUGGCUAGGCGAGUCACGGUGGUUCAUCUGACAGGUCAAAAGCUAGAAGUUAUUUUAGACCCAAGUACUACAGGUCGUCAACUAUUUGAUACUGUCAUUCCUUGUCUAGAGCUGGAUGAUUUUUUCUUUUUUGGACUAACCUACAUUUGUGGUGAGUCAGCAUUUCAAGCAAAAAUAUUUCUUUGAAUUUCACCUUAAAAGUACAAAACAGAAACAUUAUUAUCUAUUAUACAAAGCUCGAUGUGACUAGGUUUGUUUAUUUGUUUUUAAAUGGGUCGCAAUCACAAGAAAACUAAAUGAUGGAUCACAACCAAAUUUGACACGGUCAUUCCUCCUGACCUUGUCCCCUUAUCCCAAAAGCUGUAAUUAAAAAUAUUGUAAAAUAUAGAGGGCAAGGAUUAAAAAAAUAUUAUUUUCCAAUGGCUUUGAGGGAUGUUCAAGUUAUUUUUGGUUUACUGAAUAGUGCACUUUCAAACAUCAAUUAAAAGAAGUUUUUCUGUGCUCUUUUGUUUGGUGCGCACAUUUUAAUUAAGCUUUAUUCUAUGUUCACAGAACAGUGUGCUUUAAAAAAACAAACAAAUUAGCUGUUAAAUGCAGUCAUAUUCUUAUAAGAAACUACAAUUCAUUGCAUGGUAUAAGGGUGGUUGAACAUUAGAUACGAAUUAUCACAUAGUUCAGGGGGGGUGCAUAAAGGGGGCUUUGACAUUCCUAGGGAUUUGCCAUCCUGGGGGUUCUUUUAUUAAUUUUUAAUACCAACUUUAUAUAGUAGAUGUGUGUGGGGAAGAGAGAAUCACACUUCAGUGAUUUAGCCUCAAAUUAACAUUUAGCAAACUGUGUCAAUGUAUGUGUGGGUGCACUUUAUGGGUCUCAAAGGCACAAUUUGCUACAUAUGGAACAAUUUCAGUCCAUAGUUGAUUUCUCUUUUUAUAUAAAAAAUGGCUAAAUCUAGUUUAAAUUUGGUACAAAUGCACUUGGAAAAAUCUAUUACAAAAUAUUUACCACUGUCCAGGCUGGGGACACUAAUUUCAUUUUUCUUACAUCUCUUGCAUUUUUUCAACUGAUUUUAAUGGGACAACUGUGGCAUUGGUGAAUACGUUUUUUAAAAAGUUGUAUUUGCUUUUAAAUCAUUGCUUUUGGCUGUGCAAAUCUUGAAUAUUAACUUAAAAGGGGUGGGCCCCAAAUUCAAUGUUUAGAAGAGUUAUAAAUCUACCUAGAGAUAAUGAUUUUAUUUUAAUUGGUACUUUAGCGAAGUGUUUUUGACAGGGCCCUAAAUUUAUGUGUAUGCUGAUAGCGCUUUAGGAGUUUGUUUCUGAUUACAAACCAGAGCAAAGACUGGAAUAUUGGCUAGUUAAUUAAAAAAAAAAUAAAAUAUUAUCUGGAAAAAUAUGUUUUGUAAUAAGUAGGAUAUUAUUUCAUUACAGAAGGAGAGCACUUCUUCAUGGAUGGUGACACAAAGUUACACAAAGUAGCACCAGAAGGGUGGAAAGAAGGCCCAAAGAGCCAUUUACCACCUGUCAAUUUUACACUGUAUGUCAGAGUUAAGUUUUAUCCUGAAUCACUCACAGAUUUUCGGUGAGUGUUGACUUUUUGUGUUGAUUUUAAAGGCAAUAUAAUCCUUGUGUACAGUAAAGUAAUAAAAGCCAGAGAUUUAUACUUUAUGUUUAAUAUGUGUUAUGAGGACCAACAAUUUAAUUGAACAUUAAGUUGCAGCUUCUCAACUGUAUUUUAUAAUAUAAAGUUGAAAAAUAAUGAAAAACCACGAAGAUAUUGAAUGCCACAUGAUGAUCUUAAUUGGUUGUGGUAUUCCAGCAUUGUUUUUUUUGGUCUCCAGCACUGAUUAAUAAUAAAUUCUAUUUUCUCCAGCCACACGAGCAGCUAUCACCUUCUUUACCUUCAGCUGAGGAAGGAUGUCAUAGAAGAGAGAUUGACCUACAACUCUGACACUCUGUCAAGACUUGCUGGGUUGGCCCUGCAGGUGGAGUAUGGUGACUACAAUGAAGCUGAGAUGGGACAGGGAUAUUUCCUGGCUGAGCACUAUGUCUCCUUUAAGGCCAUUAGGAGGUUUGGAGGAUCUUAUGUGGAAAUUAAUGCCAUACGAGAGCAUAAAAACUGUAAAGGCAUUGCAGAGUCACAGGCUGAAAUUGAGUAUAUCAAGGUACUGAUUUAAAUUAAAUCCAUAUUGCAUAAUAUACUGCAGUCUGGCACAUAUUUUUUUUUCAUAGUGUUCCUUCAGAGCAGAAGCCAAUAUUUCUAAGCCACUUUGUAAAUGUUGGAUUCUUCUUAUAAAACAAAAGGUUUAUUUACCACUAAAAUAGGGCAGAAUUAAAAACAUUUUUUGUGAGAAAUUUAUCCAAACAGAGAAUGAAUGCCUUGUGAAUGUUUGUUGGCAUUUAGCUUGUAAGAAAAACAUGUUUAAAAAGCUUAGAAUCAGAAUUUAUUUAAUAUAUUCAUAAACAAAAUUUGUGCGUGCAUCAUAUCAAGAUUCAAAAGACUUAAUGAAUUAUGAUUCUUUUUAGUGUAAAUAAUGUAUAUAUUUGCAGCAUGUUCGUCAUUUGCCUGAAUAUGGAAUUCAUUUUCACCGUCUGUUUAAGGUGAAUAUACUACCCUCUUUAAAUGUUUAAAGAGUUUUUUAAUCAAAUAUUUGAUGGUAAUAUUCAUUUAACAUAAAUACAUCCAAGUUCCAUCCAUUAAUAGAAAAUGUUUGCUACAUAAGAAUUUAUUGCUUAGUUAAAAUGUUAUCAAGACUAAUUAAAAGACUAUUGUGGUUACACCCCUAUAAACUUUACAUUAUUCCUUUUAGGGAAAAUUUUCUUUGCUACCACAAUUCCAUGUAUUAUAUUUGCACAGAAUAAAUCAAACACAGACAGCUUCAUGUGGAUUGGUUUGUCCCAACACUGUCUGGUUCUAGCUGAGCCAGAAGUACAAGGGCGCAGUAUCAUUCAAGAUUACCCCUGGAAUGCCAUCCUUAAAAUUUCCUUCAACAAAAGGAGGUUUAGCAUCCAACCGAAGAUUGAAGUGGCCAAAGGAAAGCCACCCAAAAUAAAUUUCUACACAAACUCUUACAGAAAGUGAGUCAGCAAGUGUCAAAUGUCAUUUAAAAAAAAAAAAAGCAACUGCUAAUCCUAUAGAUGUUAAGUUCUCAAAUUUGAUUUCCUUUAUCUUUGAAAAAAUUUAUCCAAUUUUUUGACCUAAAAAUAUGCAACAGAGAUCACAUGUUAAAAUGAUUCGUUUUCAUUAAUCGUUAUGUAUUUAGAAUCUGGAUAAUGGCUAGUGAACAGCAAAUCCAUUUUACUGGUAAUGCAAGGUGCUACAUCCCCCAAAUAUGAUAAAAGUGCAUUAUUCAGACCUGUUUACUCUUACGAUUUGGAGGUUUAUAGAUUGUAUAUACUGUAUGUUUAUUUUGUAAAGAAAUAUAACGUAUUGAACGAUUUUGUGAUGAUAUUGUACGAUUUUAAGAGUUUGAGGGUAAACAGGUCUGAUCAUUUGACUGCAAUAAUAAUAUCUGGAUCCAAAAGCUGAACUUACAAAUACUCAAUUUAGAUAUUUCAAAGAUAUUAAUUUAAAUUCAUUGAAAGAGAUUAAACUUUGAUCUGAUUUUUGUUGUUGUUGCUUUUGUGAUUUUAACAAUUUUUCUACACUUCUAUUAGGAGAAAUCCUAGUUUACUUUCUAUUUUUUAAAUUUUAAUAAAAGUAGGCAUUUCUUAUAAAUUAAGUAUCACUCUUUCAGGGGGCGGUAUUUGCUUCAGUUUUCAACUGACCAACACAGAUUUCAGAUCAGGAUGAGGACAAGACCAAGUAACAUAGAAACAUUGGCAGGUAAUUAUUUCUUUUACCUGUUUUUGUGUGAUGAUAAUAAUAAUAAUGUACACUCCCAGAUCUAAGAACUAUUUUAAUAUUUCUCAACUUAGCUUUCUUUGUUGAUAACUAACAUCAAAUCUUUAUUCAAGUUUAUAUAUAAGAAUUAAAAUUAAUUUGUUCAAAUUCUGCUUUUAUUAACCAGACUAGAGGAUUAACAAUGGUCUUACUCUUUAGAAAAACGUGCAAAUUAUACAUUCCAUUAACAUUUGUUAUUAAAAUAUUUUUAACUACAGGGGACUUUUCAGUAGAGCUGGUCCCUCAGACAGCUGAUACUGGUGUUGGUGAUGAUGAUAUCGGAGUUGAUGGUGAUGAUAUCGGAGUUGAUGGUGAUGACAAGGUCAUACCACCUCCUUCUUAUGUCGACCCAAGCUUACAGGUAUUGUAAGAAUUUUAUUGGGAUGUUGAGUCAGACCACAGUUACGUUACUUCUCUUUGCAAUAUAGAUUUCCGUUUAGUAGUCCAUUUCAGUUAUUUAAAUCAUUACUGCUACACGUGAUUUGAUUGUAAACUGUUUAGGUAGUAAGAGACUAUACAAAAUCUAUGUGUAGCAACUGUGGCUGGGCUGGUGGAAAUUAUUGUUUGAUUUUAAACAAAUGGCAAACGACAGCUUGAGAUAAUUCUGAAAGAUCUGAGUAAUCGUUGAAGAGAAAAUAGUUCCGGUUAUCACAAGAUAAUUUAAAUACAUAAGUCACAAGUUAAUUCAAGCAUUUUUUCUUUUUUUAGGCGCUGCCUGAUGAUGAUGAUGAUGACCUUGAAGGAGAUUGGGGUGGGCAACCCAUGGCCCAUUCAGAGCAUCCUCUCCAGUAUCGAAGGUAUGUGCUGUGAUAUCAUGGUGAAACUCUGUCUUAUGUCAGAAGAUCAUGUAUGUUAUGAUGAUCUCACACUUGAAAAAAAAAAAUGCACCAUGAAUUUUCUUGCCAACUUUAAACAUUAUCAUACUAACAGCAAGGCAUGCUAAACAUUAUGUCAACGAUUUACAAAAUUUAGUUUAACUAGUCUAUUCUUUAAAUUUAUUAAGAAAUCAUUUAUAGGAAUGUCUGUCCACAAAGUGACUGUUUAUAUUUUGUUCAAUAAAAUGUGAAGCAAUGAAUUGUUCAUGGGCUUUGCGACUUCAAGAAAGAGCUCAGUACCAAGUUUGUAAUUAACCCCUAUGUUUUGUGCAUGUUGCAUGACUCACCUCUUUUGCACUCAUAGCCCCCCACCAUACCAACCACCAAGCAUGGCCUUAAUUCUUGGUGGAUCGCAUGUGUUUCCUGAGCUCAACCCUCUCCAGUUGCAUGCAUCCAUGACCGAUUUGACAAGCGGAGCAUUUAAUGAACACCAGCUUCUGCAGCUGUUAGGUAAUUGGUCUGUUUUGUCUGCAUCAUGCAUUCAUCAACAGUUGCAGUGACUCAGCGUUGACACACCAUUGAAAUGUUGUAAUGCUCUUAUUUACUUAAGGAUCAGAAAUGUUUAAAUAAUAAAUAUCGCUGAAGAUAAAUAGCUAUGGUUAAUCCACUAAAGUUAUAGUCUUUUAUUUUCUAAACUUAAAUGAGAUGUGAUCAAUUAUGGGCCGAUAAAAUUGCUGUUUUUACACAGGACAAAAUUCAAUUUUUUUCUGUAUUUCAGACCUGAGGUCAGAGUCUCCAAGCUUGGAUUCUGCGCUAGCCAAUGAAAAAACAGACUAUGAAGGUAAUGAAUAUCUUAACAUUUUAAAUUUCCAAUCCCUUUUAUCAUUUAAACAUUAAAAAAUUUAGGUGAUAAGUCUGAAAAUUAAUUUCUGAGUUUUUAAUUAAGUGAAACAUGUUAUAAUUUCUUUUCCCAGAGCCCUCUCCUCCCUAUCCCAAACAACAGUUUUUUAAAAGUGAGUCUCAAAUCGGCCGCCUCAUAUUUGAAGUUACGUUAGAGAAAGAGGGAAAUCAUGGCAUUGGUAUCACCAUCGUGGGAGGGGAGACUACAAAUAGUUUGGAUCUUGGAAUUUUCGUCAAGUCAAUAGUACCCGGGGGUCCAGCGGAGAAGGAUGGGAGAAUAAUGCCAGGUGACCGCCUGAUAGCUAUCGGAGGCGUCAGCUUGGAGGGAAAGCAGCAUCACGAGGCUGUGGAGCUGAUCAGGGACGGCGGCCCUCAGAUAACCCUGCUGGUGUCCCAGAUUCGACCCCCUGGUACUAUUAAAAAACGCAGCCCUCAUGAAGAGCACGCUGACUUUAAGAAAAAGUUAACCAACUCCUUAAUAGAGUACCGUAGCAACAAAAAUGGCCACAACUCAAUCUACGAGGAGAAAGACUUGUUUGGCAGCAGUGCAGAUGAUUUCUUGCAGUUUGAUGAUUUUGUGCAUAGACCUAGGACACGUAGCAGUAGUUUUAGUGAUCAGUUUUGCUAUUCUGAUGAGGAGAAUUAUGACUUGGAACCCCCAGGCUUUGGUCUACAUCCUGCCACUUCAGCUUCACACACACUACCCACAUAUCGUCCACUCCCUGAAUACGUUUCAAAUUUAAACUCUACAAUUCACCAUACAAAAACUUCACCCAAUAAACUUGCUCAUGACCUAGACAAUAAAGCUGUAGGUGCUGACAACGAACGCACAGAUCUUGAUGAGUUGGGGACUGUAUUGGUUAAUCAUAUUGACCCAGUCUCUAAAACACAUCUGUCACGGCACCAGAUCAUGAAUACGAGCCUACACUUUGAUAAUGACAAGCCGCAAAUUCCUGAAAAUGACACUGUGUUAAAGCUUCCUGGAAAUGAAGAGUUGAGCUACAAACUAGACUUUCUGUCAAAUGACUGGUCACCUGAAGGUGCAUCGACGGCUCAAGCAGAUUUUUACCAUGGUCAAUUAACAAAGGAAGAAGAAGAUGCACUUCAGAUGCUUGGAGGUGAGAACCUUGUAUUGAAGGGUUUUUUUAUUGUCUGAAAUGGUAAGGUUUAAAAAAAUCUAUCCUUCAUUUUUAACUUUGCUCUGCAAGCUUCAGUUAUUGUGAUAAAUUUUUUUUUUGCAAUCAUGAAACAUGGUUAAUAAUAGGUUGUAUGACACUUUUCUCUCGCUACUUUAUAUCUACUAUAAAAAUGCAAUCAUGUGCACAUGCAAAUACAAUUGCUUUUUCAAACCAGUCAAAAUAUUGCAAGCUGAACUUUCGCCUUGUAAAUUUAAAUAUUAUUGUUACAAAACCUGGAAGCACAUAACUAAUUAUACACUUCAAAUUUAAAAAUUAAAAUCAUAUUUAUUUUUGUGUUUGCAGACAUAGCAGCACUCGAUGACAAUGAUUCCUCAUCUGACAGUGACUUUGAUACAGCAGUUAAAAAAACCAUUGAAGGACCUCUGACUAAAACUAUCGUAAGCAACAAGACUGUUAAUGUGUCUAACCCUGUUAUAGGCAGGGGACCGGCUGAGAAGCCAUUUAGGUGAGUUUUAGGGACAAAACAUAAACUGUGGUAUUUCUUGCUUCACUGAAAGACAAAAGCAGAAUCGUCUUUCAAAUAUUUAAUAUAGUUGUUUUUAUUUUGAUUAAGUGUAUAUAUUACUAUAAUUACUUAUUAUUUAAUAAUGUGAUUUUUAAAAAAAAUAUUUUUGUGCUGAAUAAAAAUACUUAAUCAGAUUGACAAACAGAAUCAUAGUCUAUCAUUGAAUGGUGUAUGAAUUAAUUUAUUUUAAGUUAUGCUAUAAAGAAAUUAUUUCUUCACAGUGAAACACAGAAAGCAUCUGAUGUUAUUUAUGAGAUUAUCCUUGAGAGAUCUGAUCUUGGUUUUGGUAUUGUGGCUUGUGAUAUAGUAAGUUGUCUGCAUCCUAUCUCUGUGUGUUUCGGACAAUAACAUUUUGUUAGCAAAUCGAGUUAUUAUUUUUUUUUUAAUGAUUGAAAUAGUAAAGCUUUGAAAUAUCAGUUUUUGGUUGGUAACUAUUUGACCUUUUUUUGUUUUCUAUAAAAAUGUAUUUUGGAUAACUUAUGAUAAUGAAAAAAUUUGAAAACCUAUGCAUAUUUAAGGCAAAGAUUUAAUUUAGUUCCAUGAAGAGUGUUUCAAACAAACUACGUAAAAUUCACUUUCUCAUCACAAAAUUAAUGACUUUUAGUCUAGUACAAAAAUUAUCAUAAUUUAAAUUAUACAAUUUUUCAUACAACCCAAAAGACAUUGGUGAAUUGUUUCUAAGAAGCUAUAUCAGGUAAACAUGACUGUGUUCCCCUCACAAAAUAGUUAAAACAAAAUUAAAAUUUUACAUACUUAGAUAUUUUCUUAUUUAUUAUUGUAUUUCCCUUUAAAAGGCUACAAGUGAUACAGAUAAUCCUGUUAAUGGAGUGUAUAUCAAAAAUAUUUUGGGUGGCAGCUCUGCUGAAAGGGGAGGGAUACUAGCACCAGGUCAGUUAUAGUGUUAUAGCGCUUUUUUAUUUUUUUAAUACAAAUUUUGUACCUAUAUAAAAUUUAAAAAUAAAAAAAAUCAUUUCUACUUUUUUAAAUCUCAAGAAUGAAUGAUCUUGGUUACCUUUUUGGAUUACUUCUUGAGUCAUUUGAAGAUUUUUAGUUUAAUGUGUCACUAAAUGCCAUAGUUAUAUUUUAAAAAUAAUUUCACUAUGUCGCUGCAAGUUGUUUCACCUGAGAACUAGUAGAAUUUAAAACAAAAGUUUAUUUUUCUCCAUCAACGGGAGUCAUUUUUUUUUUAUCAUGGUUAUUUCUGUAGGUGACAAGAUAUUGGAAAUAGCUGGCAAGAGUAUAGAGGGCUAUACCUCUGUUCAAGUGCAUGACUUACUGAAUGCAACCCCUGACUUGACAACCAUCAAAGUGUCACGCCCAGUACACAGGGAUGCAGUCCUCACUAGCAAGAAGGAUAUAAGAGACAACAAUCAAGUAAUUCUUUAAAGAUUUGUCUGUAUUGUUGACUGUAUUUUAUAUACACAUUUCUUAUUAAUCUUUUUCAAUCUUGUAUAUGUAAGCUGUUAUUUAAAUAUUUUCAUUUAUAGUAAAAGUCUGGCCAGUUAUAGGAGAAAUAAAUAAAUACAACUGAAUUCAUUCACUUCAACUAGUUGUUAAAAAUUUGGUCAUUAUGUUCAUUUGAAAUCUCACUAGUUCAUGUGGUUUUACUUAAUGUUAAUAACACAAGAAAAAAUAUUUUGAAAAAGUGACUUAGCCUUUGUGAAACCUGUUAAACAUUUGUUAUAUUUUUUUAUAUUUCCACAGAAUGAUCUUAAUUUACAGUUUCCAUAUCCUACCCAUCUUGACCUUCAUGACAUUGAGAGUGAACAGAAAAACCACUACCUCCAACCCCAUCAGGUAUUUGAACCCAUCCACUCCGCCCCUGCAACUAAAGAGCGUCCUAAGGCCAUGACUUUAUUAGAAAUUAUGACCUCGACCCCUAAUGGAAGAUUUAAACAAGAGAGAAAACCAGACAAUGACCCACCUCCAGUCCUACUUCUUGGAGACUCUGAGUCCAACACCCAGAGUGAUGUUGACUCGGAUGUCUUGGACAGCUCUCGGUCAGAACUAGAAGGCAUAUACAAGAAUGCAGAGUUGUUGCUGGGGGAGGAGUCAAGACAGCACAAGGAGAGGAUGACAGAUGACCCAAGCAGUGAUAACCCAACUGUUAUAGAGGCAGGAUAUUCCAGAAAAUAUCACCGUAAAACACCAGAGAAUGUCCUGGAUUAUGAGACCAAUGAAGGCGGGGAUGACACAUACAGUGUGUGCACGUAUGAUGAAAGCUCAGAGUUCACUCAGCAGCUGCAGGCUUUGAAGAAUGCCCUAGAUGAACGUCUAGCAGUAGAGCUUAGCUCAUCCAAGUCAAGUGAAAAUUCUCCCACUGACUCAGUCAUGCAGUCCCCAGGAAAAAUCAUGGAUCAAAGGCGCAAAUCCCUGCUCAGGCAAGGUAAUGUUGAGCUCAUUCCACAUCAGGAUGACCAUGAUGAUGACGACGAUGUUGUGGUGACCAUGUAUGGAAACAAGACAGCUUAUACCCCAUCUUCUGACAGUGAGGAUGUUGCAGGGACAAGUGUGAAAGACAGAGCUAGCUUAUUUGAAGGCAAGGACUCCAAAAAAACUGAGGAAGCUAUUGGGCCAGAGGUUGGAAAUUAUUCAUAUUUGGAAGUCCAUUUUACAUUAAUUUAUGUACUUCUAAACCUGAACUUUAAAAAAAAAAAAAAAAGUUUAAAAUUUUAUUUUUAAAAUAAUUUUUUACAUUUUUUUAAAAAUUGUAUUGAAACGGGAAAUAUUUUUCAAAACUUGUUUUAUCUCUUGAUGCAGAGGAUUUAUUUUUUAAAAUUUUGUUAUUUUUGGGUUGUUAAGCUUAUUUGAAGGCAAGGACUCCAAAAAAACUGAGGAAGCUAUUGGGCCAGAGGUUGGAAAUUAUUCAUAUUUGGAAGUCAAUUUUACAUUAAUUUAUGUACUUCUAAACCUGAACUUUAAAAAAAAAAAAAAAGUUUAAAAUUUUAUUUUUAAAAUAAUUUUUUACAUUUUUUUAAAAAUUGUACUGAAACGGGAAAUAUUUUUCAAAACUUGUUUUAUCUCUAGAUGCAGAGAAAUUAUUUUUUAAAAUAUUGCUAUUUAUGGGUUGUUAUGAUGUUCCAGGUUCUAGAGAUUACACUGAGGAAAAAACCUGAGGCAGGAUUUGGUUUUACAGUUGCUGGCGGUGUUAACACAGGUGGAUGCUAUAUCAAACAGUUGGUCUCUGAUCCUGCUGUGUCUGAUGGUCGACUGAGACCUGGGGAUAAAAUUUUAAAGGUGGGUUUUUUUUUUAAAAAGGCAAAACUUUCGCAGUACAAUAGUAAAGGUCUCGAAAUUUAAUUUUGUUUAAAGGAUUAAUCACUUAAAAACAAAAACAAAAUUUACCUAAGCCAAAACUUUACUGUGUUGUUUCAGUCUACUAUGUGUAUUGCAAACAUUUCUCUUUAGAAAUUGUUUGACUUAAAUCUACAAUCUUUUAGUUACAGAGCUAUAAUAUGUUGCCCAUGAGGUGUGUUGCAUUCUUGUUGCACUUUUACCAAUAAUUCUGGCAUCCAUUCAGGUUAAUGGGAAGGACACAACCAACAUGAGUCAUGUUGAAGCUGUGACCUUGCUAAGGAAAGUCCAUGAUGUUGCUAACCUGCAACUGCUAAGAUACCCAUCAUCCUUUGAAAUACAAGAGAGAUUAAACAGCUCAAAGGUCUGUCAUAUAUUUCUUGUUCUUAAAUUUGUUCCUGCCAUUUUGCCUUUUUAGGUUGUCACAGCCCGUUUGCAAAGUACCACCUUUUUCACCAUUUUUUUUAAGCCAUGGGUGUCAUUGUAUGUUUUUUAACUCAAGAUUUGAUGUUCACCCUGUGGUGCAAUAGUUUGCAUCAAAACUAAGAGCUUGGAAUUCUUUCUCCAUUGUUCUUAUGGGGAAGCAGCUAGGUGGAAUGGCUCUCGGGAAAGACACAAAAUCAAAUAAUUCCAAUGAUAUUGUAAAGCAUUUCAUUUUGAGCUGUGGUUUAACCGUUUGGAACUUUUUGUUUUCCUUUCAAGAUACCAGCAGUGCAACAACCUUUGAAAAGGCCAGUUGACCCAGCACCCAACAGGACAAAGCCACCCAGCCUGAAGGAUGUGCAGCAGUCAGUGAGAGAGCUUGUCAAAACCCUGGACACGCCAAAGGCCAUUAUUAAACCAUAUGACUACAGAGGGAGGACAUCUGAUGAUGUAGCCUCUUCCAAUGUUGGUAGUGAGUUAGAAUCCCAUUCAGCCCAGCUGGAUGAUGACAGCCACCAAGAGGUGAGACAGAUAAAUAGUUUUAACUUGGACAUUCAAUAAUUUAAUUCUUGAUCUACUGUGUUAACAAUUCUUAAGUUGUAUUUGUUGUUUAAAUUCAUAAAAAAAAAUAAAAAAAUGAUAUGAAUGACAAUAGAUAUGAUAGAAGGAGACUUAAACUAUGAACAUCAACAAAAACACACAUCUUCAGACCAUAUCUUAAACUAAUAUCCAAUUAAAACAAACAAAAUUAUGCAUUUCCUUUGUUACUUUCCAGCGCGGAGUAUUGACUAUUGAACUGUUCAAGCCAGAUAACUCCCCAACCAGCUUGGGAAUCAGUGUCAUUGAGCGAAAUUACAACGGAGAGAGGGGAAUCUAUGUCAAGAGACUCAAAGUUGGUGGAACUGCUCACAAGGAUGGCCGCCUGCAAGCCGGAGACAGAAUUCUUCAGGUAGACCUCAGUGAAUGCCAGGGCUGUGAUAAUUGUUGGAUGUGAUCAUAUUCAAAUGGAUGUCUUACUGACUCAUCCCCUAGCUUUACUCAGCUAGUCCCUCAGUUUAUGUCCUGUGGUUGCUGUGUUGUUGUAAGUCAUUUAGUGAUUGAUGUUGACCCUGUGCCUUAGUUUAUAGAAAGUUUAAAGCUUUACAUAUGUUAAAAAAUGUUAACAAACCAUUUGACCAGGGUAUAUUUAUUCAGUUCUGCAUGCUUUAACAGUGUUGUCAUCAUAAGUUAAAAAAACAAGAUCUGUGAGAUUGUUAUUCCAAUUGUUGUUUAUUUCAAUGGCAGGUCAAUGAAACACCAUUUGAUGGUGUUCAUCAGAGGAAAGCUGUGACCAUCCUCAGAGAGGCUGGAGAGAGGGUUGUCUUUAAAGUAAUCAGGUUGGUUUUCUGACUUUUUUGGGUUAGGAAUAAAAUAAUAAAUGUUAUUUAUUUAUUUAUUUAGGCAUUUUUAUAUAGCGCUUAUCAUAAAGCUCUAAGCGCUUUACAAUUAUUAAAACAUGUAAAUGUUACACCAUGGAGGCAAUUUAUAAAAACGUGAAAAUGUUGGAAAGUAUUUGAAUGAGCAGGGGAAACUAAGCACAGACAAUGUUUUUUUUUCCUUGAGAAAUUAAAGGGAACAAUUUUGUUUCAAUUAUCUUAUUUUCUCAAUUCUACUAAAACAUAUGCUGAGAACACAUGGUUAAUAUCAUGCUGUGAAAACACAGUUAUUAAUAUGAAAUAAUUUAUCUUAUCAGAUCAAGUGCAGGGAACAUUGGUGAAAAGUUUGAUGGUUAUGAUGGUGAGUUGCUUGAAUAGUAUUAAGGGAAGGCUGAAAAUAUUUUGUUUCAUAUUAUCGUAAUCAUUGUUGACUUUAAUUAGUUUGAAAUUAUAACUAGGGUGGUGGAGCGGUCUAAACUGUCACAAACCAAAUAGCUGGUGGUCUGGAGUUCAAUCCCCACCAAAGCCAACAUCUCAAGCACUCCGGGUGGAUGGGACUCGUUAGCCUUGGACAGCAACCCAUCUAAGAGAAGGCAAACUCUGAAUUUAAACCAGGAGCCAGAAUGAUCAACGAAUUGAUCGUGGGCUCCUAAAAUAUAGGAAGAACAACAACAAAACACAAUAAGCCUUUUUCAUGCCGUAACCGCUGACAUAAUGUUUUUCCUUAUUUAACAAAAGAUGUUCUGAAACCAAUGUAAAUCUUUUGUUUUUCUGCUACCACCCUGAAAAACUAUAAUGAAAGAUGGAGAAAUAAAUAUUGUAAUUUGUAUGUUAAUAUAUUCCAGAUGAGAAUGCUACCGAUGAUGACAUUAGCUCUUUGGCUGAAGAUGCUCUAAGUCUUAUGGAAAGGAAGAAAGAAUCAACCAAUGCUCAUAGGAACCAAACAAAUGGGACCCAAGAAAUAAGAGGUAACAAAUGGGACCCAAGAAAUAAGAGGUAACAGAUUGACCCUCGAUUGGAAAACUAUUUAAAUGCGAAAAAAACGUUGAAGGAAAAAUAUCUUAAAAUAGACUAUCAAAAAUGCAUUUUUAACCAAUGGGAAUUGAAAGAUAAAUUACAUACAUGUAAUCAUGAAGUAGACUAUUUCUAAACAGAUGUAAAAACUUUAUACUUAUAAAUUCCUUCAUUGCAGAUUCAGGUGCUGGCGGCAGGUACAAAUCCCCUCGCACACUUGACCUUGACGUUCCGGUUCUCUUGACUGAUGACUGGCUGAAUGAUGUCCCUUUAUUGCACAUGCCUCAGAACCAGACUAAAGACCAUGUACCACAGUUACUUCAAAGCCUGGCAGACUUGGUCGAAGGAGGAGAACCACAUGAGGAAUUCAAGGUAGAUCAUAAAAGCUACUGUAUUUAUUUGGUUAUGGUUGCUUGUAGCCUAAUGAGUUACAUCUUAUAGCCUAACGACUUACAUCUUUCUUUUAUUUUUAUAACAAAUAUAGAAUCUUCAUCAUUUGAAGGAAGCUGGGCCAUGUGAUGUGGGCAAACUCCGUCACAAUAAGUCUAAAAAUAGAUACAGAAAUGUCUUGCCUUGUAAGUAGUUUCUUAAAGUCCAGGACAUGAUGUCAGGUUGGGAAAUGUCCACAUGUGGGGAAACAUUGUUAUGUUGGAUAAAGUUUGUGUGACAAAAAUUUGACCAUUCAUACACUCCUGUCCUUGGAGUAUGAGAUAGACAUGAUGAUCUCUUGUACACAUUCAAACAUUUUACACAUGAGCAUUUUUAACAGCAUGGAUUUUUUAUGUCUUGGUUUUAUUACAUGUGGGCCUUUUUAUGUGUGCUUUCACAAGUGUUGGGUUUUUACAUGAGCUUAUUUACAAAACCUUUAAUAUUUUCUGGGAUUUUUCCUUUGAUUUUUGCAGCUCAUUUGUAAGACAGUUUAAGACAAAUUUAGCAUAAUUUUUUUUGUCUUUGUGUCGUCAUCAGAUGAUCAAAAUCGAGUGGUACUCUUGAACAGUGGCAAUGAUUACAUCAAUGCCAGCCAUAUCUCUCUGAAAGUAGGGGAAGCCACUCUGAAGUACAUUGCUUGCCAGGGGCCAGUAUCGGAAUCAGUCUCAGAUUUCUGGCUGAUGAUGUGGCAGGAGAAGACCAAUGUUAUUGUUAUGUUGACCCAAGCCUUCGAAGCUGGCAAGAUAAAGUGCCACAGCUACUGGCCACAAAGUAAACAAGAAAUACUGGAUGUGGACAAUGGGUGAGCAAUGUUAUUAACUUAAGCGAAUUUAGUAUUUCUUUAAUAUAUCUUUAGAUUUAAUUAUUAUUUUGUAUAGGCUAUUUUAUACAGCCGAUUUUAUACUUCCCAUUUCAUACAACCCAUUUUAUAUGGCCCAUUUGGUAUAGCCCAUUCUUACUUUACCCAUCACAUUUCAUGGGAUUUUUACAUUUUUGAUUUCUAAUGGAAAUUUAUACUUCAAACAGGAUUUUACUGCUUAAUGCGUUCUGUAAGAUUCACCCAACAAUUAAUACCUUGUUUUUUUUAAUGUAUAGGCGAUUAAGAGUGCAACAAAUUCGAUCAUACCAACUGCAAGCCCUGGAGGUUGUCCAGAUGACUAUAGAAGAGAUCAACACAGGAGCUGGAAGGGAGAUCACUCUCUUGCAAUACACAGCAUGGCCAGAUCAUGGGGUACCAGAUACUGCUCUCCCCCUCCUAAAGGUGUGUCUAUUUUAAACAUUAUAGAGCUGGGUGGCAAGCUAGGUUAAUGUAGGAAUUUGCAAAGAAUUAAAAAUACUGAUUUUUUGAUAUAGGUAUAUUAUGACAGGACUUGCCAUUUAAACAGGGUACUGAAUGGGGAAUUUUAGACUAACAAAUAAGUUUUUAAAAUCUUUUUUCAUACUAUACUUUAAGGGUUAAUAAAAUCAUAUUUUUAAAUGCCAUAUUAUCCAUUUUACCUGUGUCAGUGAAAAGGGGUGAGACUUAAUCAAUUGAUAUGGAUUGGCCCAGUAGUGGAGCAUUAAAAAAAAGUUUUAUUUAUCUUGUUAAUUUUUAAAAUAAAUUUUGUACUUGCAGUUGCUCCAAUUAAUCCACCUAUUUGAACAAGGCUCAGCUCCUGUCGUACAUUGCAGUGCAGGUAUUGGUCGAACCGGCACUUUGAUUGCCAUUGAUGCCGCUCUGGCCGCCAUUGAACAUGGCGAUGAGGUGAAUAAAUCUCUAGAAAGUUUACGUUUAUUUUACUGCGAUUAUUUUGAAAAUGAAAAUUUUUAUGCACAUACUUGGAUAAGAUAUUUUGCUUGAAAAUCAAUGGAACUGUGUUGACUUAAUAUUUUCUCUUAAACAGUUUGACCUACUUGGGAUUGUUUGCAAUUUGCGUAACCAAAGGCAUGGGAUGAUUCAGACAACUGUAAGUCAAUAUUAAGUUACAUUAUUAAAUUAUUGUUUCAUUUGAGCUUAAAAAAUUGAGUGGAAGAAAAACAGAUGUUAGUUACUGAUUUAUUUUCCAAAUUCUGUAUAUAAAAAAAAGUCAACCAAAGAUUUUUCUAUCUUAAAAAAACUAUACAAUUUUGACAUAAACAAGUUAUUAGCUUAUUCUAAAGUGCAACAAAGGGAAGCCUACUAAACUUCAGCAUUACCUGCUGGUAUGGGGAAUUCAUCGUCUUAUAUUUAACACUGAUUAAAUAGACUAAUCAAGAAAGCUAGUAAUAUCAAACUAAAUCUCCUUUAAUUGAAGAACUGUUUGAAUAAAAAUACGGUUUGGAUGAUACUUCCCACCCUCUUCAUGACAGUUACCUAAGAUCAACUCAAGCAGGCCGAAUUCUUUCCCUUUAAGUUCAGACCGAAAGAUUACAAAAUUUGUACCAAAUCUAAAUGAUCACUAAUUAAAUCAUUAUUUUCAAUAAGGGAUUUAAUUUUUUUAGGUAUAUGAUGGCUGAUUUUUAUGCUAGAGGAGUAAUUUAGGUAUCUUGGUUUAAAUUGUUCUUAUUGUAAAAUGUUGUCUUUGUUGAAAUAUGUAUGUAUUCAAUGUGCUGAAAAUGAAUUUAUCAAAAACAUUUCCAUUUAUUAGGAUCAAUAAAAUAAUCUUAUUUAUCUUAUAAAUUGACUCAGAUUUGUAUUGAGUUAAGGAUGUGUACAUUAAUACCAUUCAACAGACUUGUCAUUUAGCUCAGUGAAUAAUUAGUUGUUGAAACUCAGUUAAAAUAUUAACAGAGGUCUUAAGAAUGACUUUCCUGGUCACAAUAUUGUUUUCUAUUUUCUUUUAGGAUCAGUAUCUGUUCUGCUAUACAGCUUGUAUGGAAGCUUUGCUAAGUUUGGAAGAAGACCUAAGCCAGUAAACUGUUAAUCCGUUGAUGUGAAAUAUUGUUAAUUCUUUUGUGAAGAAUGCUUCCGAAAAUUUAUUAAAACAACAAAAUUUUAGCAUUGGAUUAUCUGCAUUUACAUGACCAAUAACUUAUAAAGUGCAGUGAGUCUACCUGUUUGAUUUUGAAUUCAUCUUCAGGUGGUUUCUCUAAGUAUAAAUCAGUUGUACUUUGAGGUAAACAGUUAUAGAUUAGUUUAAGGUUUGUAAAAUACUUGUUCACAGCUGGCAAAAGUUCAUUGAGAUUCACUGUUUACAGAAACUACUGGGAGACAUCUCCAUUGAACAUGUGUUGGCACUUGACAGUGAAGAUUCUGCUAUUUUAAUUGACUUGAAAUAUAUUAGAUACUAUGGCAGCAACAUUUACUACUUAAAGCUAAUAAUGUGAGCCACUGUUUGAUAGAAACAUUAUGUAUCUGAGCAGCUUGGAACAAAUUAUGCAAGGAACACAAAAAAACUAACAUUAGUCCACCAGUCAACAAACAUACACCAUUGCCCAUUGUCAUUUGGGGGUUCUAAUUUUUGUGUGUUUUUUUUUUCAUGUAUUAGAUUCUAAACAAAUGUAUGCUUGUAAAAUUGUUUUGUACACAGUCUUGGUUUUAAAAAAAAGAAUUUUGUGAAUUUGUUAUCUGCUGCUAGCAGAUUGGAUAAAUCUCCCUCAAUGUGAUAAGAUUGAAUGUGAUAAACUUGAGUGACCAGUGGUUUUUAAUUUGGUUGCAUAAGACUCCUAGAGACAACUACUGCAAACAACUGAUGCAGAGUAUUUUUAUUUUUAACAGUAAAUCUAUCCGUCCAUGUAUACCUUCAAUUUAUUAUUCAUUGUUAUUUGGAUUGUUGGACAUGAUUUCACAAUUUUUUUUAAGCCUGGGUAAGAGAUUAUCUUGUGAUCUAUUGCUGGAUUUACAAGAAUUUAAUCAAGGUUUAAUAUCUGAGGACUUCAAAGCUUUUUUGUUUGCUUUUGUUUUAGUUAACAGUCAGUCAAAGUAAAUUUGGACACAUUUAUAAAAUAAUGUGAAAAUGUAAUUUCAUCAUCCAUGAACAGUUUUGUAUUUAUUAAAACUGAGGUGUGACUCCACAUAUUUAAUGUAAUAAUUGAACUUGACUCCUUCAUCAAAAAUUUUACUGUAUCAAGUUCUUGUACUUUCUGUUUGUAUAGCCUUAAAUAUCCUGAGUUUAUCUCAUCAUAAGUAGGACUGCGCAACAGAAACAAUGUCGGUUUGAGCAAACUGCUAAUAAAGAAAUUAUUGGUUAGAAUUACAAUGAAAUAAUGUUAUGAGGCCAUGGGAUAUGUAGACUAAAAGGGUUCAUUAAUAUUUGCCCUGGAGACAUUUGCAAUAAUUUUUUUUUUAUUAUUCAAUGAAAGUAUGUAUGUAUUUACUACUCAUAUAUUUUCUCUUUCAUUUUCAGUUUAAGAGCUAAAAUCUGGUCAUUAAAUGCUCUUUUUUGUACUUUUUGUAUUUACUGUGCAAUAUUUACUAUAACUUUAUAUUCAAAGUAUUUAACAAAGUUUGUAAUAGUUAUUGUAUUCUCCUCAUCAGAAAUGUGUUAACAUUUUAAUACUGACUGUCACAGUAUCGAUUAUAAGUUCAGUAUUUAAUUAGAAAUUGUUAGUCAUUGAAAACCAGUAAUCAAACUUUUUGUAUCAGUCAGUUAAAUACCCAAACAUGAUAUGGUAAUCUGAUUUUUUUCAAAAUGUCUUUGGGAAUUAACAGUUGGAGCAUUUUUUUAGAUUGUAUUCUUUGUCAGAAAACGUACAAUGCAUUUUGAUUUAACAUCAUUAAUCAUUGUAAUUUUCAACAGUAUAUUAGAAAUAGAUGUGAUUUCAUGUAUAAAAGCUUUGUGCAUCUACAAAAAACAGAAUCAAACAACUCAUUGAUAUAACUUUGCAUUUUUGUAAUUGUUCAUUUUUUUAUAAUGAAAUCCAGGUGGGAGUCUACAGAAAAAUCAUUUCACACAAGAAAUCGAUCCACUUUAAAGGCUUUUAAUAAACAAACGGUGCCUAUAAUGAAUGUCUUUAUUAUAAGAGAUGGACAUUUUUACCAGGCAGAUCCUUGUCAAACAGGAGGAUAGUGGAUUAAUGUUGACUCGCAUUCAAGUGUUGUUACAAUAAUUAUGCAUGAUCAAAGGAAAAUAGACCCUUCAUUUAAGGAUGCUUCCAAGAGUUACUUUGUCAAUAUCAUUGUCACUCAGGUGGUUAAAUGACAGUAAUGUUUUAAAAAAUACAAUCUUCCUCAAAAUAUUCUAAGAUGUAUUAAACCUUGUUUACUUUAGAACCUUUGUUUAUUUGGGAAUUAAAAAAACAUGAACUGACCUACAGGUGAAAAUUAAAUAUACAAAUUUAUACAAGUCAACUUCAUUAUAUUUGUUAAUUAUUUGACCACCUGAGUGUCACUUAUCUGAUUUCUUCAGCUGUUAUGUAAUUUUUACUUUAAUUACUUCAUUAUACCUGUACCUUAUUAUUAUAUAUACCUAUGAGUAUCUUUUAUUUACAUUCCUAUAGUUAUUAAAGCAGGUGUGAAAUUAUAACAAUAUCUAAUUAGCAAGCACCAACCAACAAUGUCUCUAGAGCAUUGUAAUACCUGCAUGUGGAAGUUUACAAAAUAAAAUUAUUUAUA